AUUAACAGACAAAUACUUGAAAGCAAAAACUUGAAGAAAGAUUUAUAAUCAAAAACUACAAGUUUAAACACAAAAGCUUCAUUGAUGCUAACAAUUAAUAGACUAAAAUUUACUAAAUACGAAAAACGUAUUGGCAUUGAAGAUUAAAAACUCAAUCAUGAAACUAACAAUAAUUUUCGCCCCAAUGUUAAUUAUUCAGAUAAUCGCGGGUGAUAUUAACAACACCAAUGGCGUCAAUGAUGAAAACGCUAUUUAUGACCAUCUGAAAACCGUUCUGCCGAAGUUUUCGCCUCCGAAAGACCUCUUGAACAACAGUGUUUUUGUAUACCUGGAUUUGUAUCAGAUUUUGAGCGUGAACGAACAAAAUGGUUAUAUGACUGUUAAGUUAUGGGUAUACUUUUACUAUUAUUCGAAGAGUGCCAUUUGGAAUGCAACUGAGAAUGGAGAUUUGAAAGUGCUGCUUUUUCCUCAAGACACCUUUUGGACGCCAGAUGUAGUGAUCAUGGACGCAAUCGAGACUAAAUACGAGCCAUUCACCAGACAAGCUGUUCGAGGAGACAUCGGGUCUAUAGUCAGUUGGUCUUCAGCGGUUACAGUCAUGAUUUCCUGCCAGUUCGAUGUCUCCCUCUUUCCAUACGAUGAACAAAACUGUGUUGUGGGGUUUGAGUCCUGGAUUUUAGAUCGCGAUUCUUACGUUUUGGAAGUCGAUCCUGACCUUGCAGCAACCAGUGAAGUCCCCCUCAGUCAUUAUCGCGAACACGAAGAGUGGGAGCUCAUACGACCCGUCGAAUUCUUCAAAGAAGACGAAGAAGACCACGAAGAAAUAUUGACCAUAAUCAAAAUCAAACGUCGUCACGUUUUCUACUCCCUCGUAUUUAUGCUACCCCUCGCGAUUCUGUAUGCAUUCUCGGGUUUUGUAUUUCUGGUUCCAGUGGACUCGGGUGAGAAAAUAUCGUUCGCUCUGACGUUACUGCUGGCUCAAACUGUAGCUUGCGGAACUGUUGCCGACUUUCUACCUGCUAGCUCACUCCAUGUUCCGAAGAUUGCGUAUUUUCUGGUUAUAACUGUGUUCCAAAUUGCCGCAAACUCGCUGCUUACUGUUCUAGGUAACCAAUUUAUUUAUUUACUAAUUUUAAACUAG